UUUCCCUAUCUUCGAUUUUCUUCUUCUUAUUUACUUGAACUAAGUGCAUGAGGUAGUGAGAGAUAACUUUGUAGAGGAAAAAAAAUGGCUGCUUCUUCUUCUUUCACUUUCUCUAAUCACGCCACCCUUCACUCUCUCCCUCGCAGAAACACCCUUCACACCAAAACCCAAUUUUCAGUUCCCACCAAAUCAUCAGAAUCUAACUUCUUCGGCUUCAGACUCUCUCACUCUUCCUCUUUCUCUCCCCUCUCUUCCUCUUCUCUGAAAAGCUCAAUCUUUGCCAAGGUUAACAAGGGACAGGCUGCACCAGACUUCACACUAAAGGAUCAGAACGGAAAGCCGGUGAGCCUUAAGAAGUUUAAAGGGAAGCCUGUUGUUCUGUAUUUCUAUCCUGCAGAUGAUUCCCCUGGCUGCACCAAGCAGGCUUGUUCAUUCAGAGACUCUUACGAAAAAUUCAAGAAGGCCGGCGCAGAGGUCAUUGGUAUAAGUGGUGAUGACUCUGCUUCUCACAAGGCGUUUGCAAGCAAAUACAAACUGCCGUACACAUUGUUGAGCGACGAAGGGAAUAAGGUGAGGAAAGAUUGGGGAGUACCAGGGGACUUGUUUGGAGCGUUGCCAGGGAGACAGACUUAUGUUCUUGACAAAAACGGUGUCGUUCAGCUCAUCUAUAAUAAUCAGUUCCAGCCUGAGAAACACAUUGAUGAGACCUUGAGGUUCCUUAAGGCUGCUUGAUCUUUCUCUUUUGUCUUCUUCUCCCUUCUUCUUCUCCCUUCUUCUUCUAAAGAGUUACAACAACAAUAUAUAAUGGUAUUAUUUCGUUUGUGUUCUAUUGUUCCAGUGUGCGACUGCUCUUAUGCGAUUGCAAGUACUAAUGCACUAUCAAAUCAAUGAUUAAAA